AUCAAAUUUGAAAUAAUGAAAUCUUAUUGUUUGGUGAACCUAGAGGUUCACCUUAGGGGGUGAACCCAAGAAUGACUAUUAUUAUAAUUGCCUAAUUGUUUAGUAGUCUCAAUUAGUGAGCGCUAGCCCUUACAUAAGACAUGUUAAGCAGCAUGCUUUAUGCCUCUUAUUCUCUUAAGCCACUAACCUGAGUACCUUGAGGUAGAUUCUCUGGCUAGUUUUAAAGAUAAAAUAAGAAAUGAAAAAGUCCCAGUAUCUUUAACCCCCCUUCCAUAGUUAUAUUCUUGUUUUCUUACAACAUGCACCGCACGUUGUCUCUCCAGCCCUACAAAAACUACAUCAACGUUUCUCUGUUUCAUUCAUGCGCACCAACUCAAAAACAAAUUUUAAAAAGCUGGAAAAUACAUGUAAAACAUAAAGUAUUUUCUGCUUCUUUUGUUUAUGUUAAAGAACAGAGACAAAGUAGAGCGAGUGACUAGUUCUUGAUCUGUACUUUUCUUUUGCUUUCUUCUUUUCCAUUUUUUGGAUUACAUUUUCUUCUUCUUCUUUUUGGUUACAUAUGAUCUGAUAAAAAGAACACAAAAAUAGAGAAAUAAAAGAGUGCGGGGGGAUAGAUAAACUGUGAGGAGUACUUGGGAAUGGUGCAGUCAUUUGGACGUAAACUAAGUUGGCCAAGAUCUUUCAGUUUUAGAAAGAUGUUAGAUGGUCUGAAUUCUGGAAAUUCAUCCUUCUCUUCUCGUGGGGACGGCAGGCAAACACCUGACCACGAACUUGCCGUACAUGCUACACCAUCGGCCCAGGGGACUCGUAGAGGCAACCAAAAUAGAAUAUCAGAUAUGGAAGUGAUGAAGGAAAGAUUCGCAAGACUGCUGCUUGGAGAGGACAUGUCAGGCGGUAGUGAAGGCGUGUCCUCUGCGUUAGCUUUGUCAAAUGCCAUCACCAACCUCGCUGACUCCAUGUUUGGUGAGCAGAUGAAAUUGCAGCCUAUGUAUCCGGAGACAAAAGAGAUUUGGAGGAAAGAAUUGGACUGGUUAUUAUCUGUGGUUGAUCACAUUGUUCAGUUUGUUCCUUCAAAACAAAUGGCCAAAAAUGGGGCAAUCACUGAGAUCAUGGUGACAAAACAAAGAGAUGAUCUGCUGAUGAACAUUCCAGCCUUACGCAAGCUUGACUCGGUUCUUCUCGAGACUUUGGACAACUUCAAGGACCAGAAAGACUUUUGGUAUGUCCCAAGAGAUGUUGAGGAUACAGAGAACAAUGGAGACUGGAGAAGGGAUGACAACUGGUGGUUACCAGUGGUUAAGGUUCCAUCGGAUGGUUUGUCUGAGGAAUCACGUAAACUGUUGCAUAGUCAGAAAGAUUCUGUGUCACAGGUCCUUAAAGCCGCCACAGCCAUCAAUGCUGUAGUAUUGUCUGAAAUGCACAUUCCUGACAACUACAUUGACUCUCUUCCAAAGAAUGGGAAGACGAGCCUGGGAGAUUUCCUUUACAAGAACAUAACGGAUGAGUACUUUGAUCCUGACUACUUCAUCUCUUUCUUGGAAUUGUCAACGGAACACAAAGUUCUUGAUCUAAAGAACAGGAUUGAGGCUUCCAUGGUGAUAUGGAAGAGGAAGAUGAACCAGAAAGAGAAAGACGGAAAAUCACAGUGGGGAUCCUCUGUUAGCUUAGAGAAGAGGGAGCUUUUCGAGGUCCGAGCUGAGACCAUUCUGGUUAUGCUUAAGCAGCAGUUCCCUAGGAUUCCACAAUCCUCACUUGAGAUCUCCAAGAUCAGAAACAACAAGGACGUGGGACAGGCUAUUUUGGAGAGCUAUUCAAGAGUAUUAGAAAAUCUGGCUUCAAAGAUAUUGUCAAGAAUAGAUGAUGUUCUUGAAGCUGAUUUGUUAGUUCAAAGACAGAUGAUGGCAGAGGCAGAGAGAAGGUCAGAAAGCGAGGGGGGAUAUGAAUACGAAGAAAGCGAAAAGGGGCUAUCAGCAGAAACGCCAAACUCGAGAAAACUAUCUGACUUCAUAGGGUGGAGAUUGUCAUCAGAUACAAAAAAGCAUAGUUCGAUGAGUGAUAUAGAGUUCUUUUAUAGAACUGAGCAGGAGAAGCCGAUGAUGAAGUCUCCAAGAGCUCUACCCAAGAAACUUUCGUAUCUAUCAAAGUUAGAGAACAUGAGAAGCACGAGUGAGAGACACUGAUAAUGAUAACAGGUAAGUGUAGACGAGAGCAAUAUGUAUAUAGAAGAAGAAAAGAAACAAAAAGAGGGAGCGAGAGAGAGAGAGAGUAGGGGAGGUUAAAGUGUGUGUAAAUAUAAUGAAGGCACUGGUUUAGGAUUUGGACAUGACUAUUGGUGUUUGAUGACAUUUGUGGUACCUACCUGGUUGAUCAUGUUUGGUUUUGCUUGUUUGACUAUUGCUUCCUGUUGUGUACCAUAUUUUGGUUAUUUUGAAGCUAACAGCAUUGUAUUGUAUUAUGAAGCUAACAUUGUAAUGUGUAUAACAUUGAUUCAUGAUGGAUUUUGAAGCUCAAAUGGAUGAUUUGUGCAUUUGACUUUGCUGGUGCUGCCCAUCCUGAUCAAACUAAAAUUAUCAAAACAGUCCUGUUACAAAAGUGUUGUCAUAUAUAUCCAUUCAUCCUAAAAUUUUUUAAUCCAUUUCUGAUCUUCGUUUAAAUAAUCAUAAA